AUGUUCGUGCUGGCUCCGUCCGUCCAUUCCCGAUCGUCCACUCCCUCCACCCUGUACCUCAAGAUGUACGCCGCCUCCGCUGUCCGCGCCCGAAUGGCCACUGUCGCUGCCCGUCGUGGCUUCUCCACCACUCGCGCCCAGCUCGGCAGCCCCUACCACUACGCUGAGGGCCCUCGCUCCAACAUCCCCUUCAACCCCUUGACCAAGCACUUCUUCUGGCGCUACUGGGCUUUCAUGGUUACCGGAUUCGGUGCCCCCUUCGCCAUUGCUGUCUGGCAAACCUACAAGACCAAAUAA